AUGAGGUUGUGGAAAAUACAGCGUAUCCUUGCACGAUGUAAGGACAUCAAGUGUGUGUCCAAAUCCUUUGUGCCGGCCUUAGUCGGCCUUUGUCUAGGAAUGACGCUGAGUAUGAUGUACGCACCAUUCAGCGAAGACAGCUGCGAGACCUACAUUGCCAAACAGGACCCCCAGAAAAUGAUCAAACUCAGAGACACAAAAUCUGUUGAUGUCGUGGAUGAAAUGUAUGAACCACGACAACUUGAUAUUGAGAAUAUAGAUCAGUCUGCCUAUAAACUAGAUACAAAAGCAAGCUCAAAAUUCUACAGGCCAAAGUUUGCUGCUACAGAGCUAGGCAUACGACAGAAACUCUUUGUGGCCAUUCUCUCAUCAAAAGAUUCUCUCAACACCCAUGCCAUAGCUGUCAACAAAACUCUGAGCCAUUAUGUUACAAAAGUGAUUUUCUUUAUAGACCAGAAAGCUCCAGUAAUUCCGCCAGGGAUGAUCAUAGUGAACUUUGAUGAUGGCUACAACCAUCUCAUGCCAAUCAAUGUCUUGAAAUAUGUGAUAAAGAAGUACGGGCAUGACUUUGACUACUACAUGUUCCUCUCUGAUAAAGGCUAUGUGAGAGCAGAGAAUGUUUUUGAUAUGGUCAGUCUUCUCAGUGUCAGCAGACAUGUCCACUUAGGAGCACCAAAAGGAGUAGAAGGCGGGAAAACAUACUGUGUCUUAGAUGGUGGAGUGAUAAUUUCCCAGUCAAUCCUGUCUCAAGUCAAUGCCAGUAUGAAGUGGUGUUCUGAUAACUGCCAUCACUCGGAUCAGAGUUUAAACUUUGGCAAGUGUCUGCUGCAUGUUACAGACCUUGAGUGCCAGAGUACUGCCGCUAACAAAGUCUACUCAGCAUAUCCGGUGAAAGACUUUAAUUUUGACAAGGAUAUUGGAGCCCUGAAGGUGCAGUCUGCGUUCAACAAGUCCUUGUCUGUGUUUCCCAUGCCAGAUGAUAUUAGCCAUUACAAGCUACACAGGUACUUUUGUGAAGUAGAGCUAAACUCCACUCGUCACCAGAUUCAGGAAAUGAAAGACAACAUCCUGUUCAUGAGUCAGUUUGCUCCAGGCGGCCAGGAGAGUGUUACGUGGCCUAUUGGCAUCCCAGAGCCUUACAGACCCAAGAAUAGGUUUGAUGUGAUACGCUGGGACUACUUCACAGAGACACAAAUAUUUUUCCAGGAUGACUUCACCAAUGUGAGAGAACUAACAGGUGUUGACAAGCUGGAUGUUCAAGAUAUAAUAAAGAUUUCCAUGGAGAAACUCAACGAGAAGCACAGCAACAAAUACCUGUACUCCUACCUCAUCAACGGGUACAGGCGGUUUGACCCUCAGCGAGGCAUGGAGUAUGUUCUUGACCUUGCUCUUGAAGACACUUCCAUACCUAGGGAAGCAGAAGAAGAACAUAACUACAACAAGAGGAUUAUAGAGAAAAGAGUUCUGCUUGUGAGGCCACUGGGAGAGGUGGAGAUAGUCCCGAUGCCUUAUGUCACAGAGUCUGCAAGGAUCAACAUUGUUUUGCCAGUCACUGUACGGGAUAUGGAUGGCUGGGGCAUUUUCUUAGAGAACUAUGCCAGAUUGCAAGCAGAUGCAGGAGACAGUCUGGCUCUCAUUAUCAUAUACAUUUACCAACAACUUCCAAAACCUGGCGAAGAUGAUAUCUACACAGUGCUUAAGUCCAUGUCCAAAUAUUAUGACGAUAAAAAUGAAGGUGGAGUCAAGACUGUAACAAUCAACUUUGCCAGCAAUGGAACCUAUGUACCAGAAUACAAACUCCUUGAUUCGGUGAGCGAUCAGCUCGACAAUGAUGCAUUGAUAUUCAUGUGCACAAUAGGCAUGUUGCUGAAUGCUGAGCUACUCAACCGAGUGCGUAUAAACACCAUCCCUGGCUGGCAGGUGUUCUACCCUGUUGGCUUCUGGCAGUACAAACCAAACAUCAUCUAUGAAAAGAAACCCUUCCCUGCUGAAAUUGAGUUUAGCAGCAAGACAGGACAUUACGAUGUUCUGUCAUAUGAGCAUGGCAGUUUCUAUAACUCUGAUUAUAAAGAGGCUCGGAAGCCUUUGGCCGAGGCAGAGUUAAUGAAUUAUGACAUAUAUGAGAUGUUUGUGAGGUACGGUAAGCUGCAUGUUUUCCGAGCCGUGGAGCCAGAGUUUAAACACUACUACAUGCAUCUAGAGUGCCUGCCCAGCAGCUCUGCUGCUUUGUUUGAACGCUGUGUCGAGAGGAAGUCUCUCAGUCUGGCAACCAGGUCCCAGUUGGCCAAACGCAUCUUUCAGUACCAAGAUAAAAGGGAUGCUUUGCAGAAAAGUGGAGACAAAGAUGCACAGCAAAAUGGAGAUAAAGAUGCACAGAAGAAUUCAGAAAAUAAGAAUGUGCCACAGGUGCCACCAAAUAAUAAUGUAGAUAAGAAAGCAGACUAA